GCACGAACUCUCAACCAUGUCUUUCCACGCAAACAAAGCUACAUGUUUGUCGUCAACUUCGACUUCGUUUAGGAUCGUCAGUGCAGAACUUCGUGCUAAAGCCAGACCUCACCGAGGCAUCGCGGAUGUUCAUAAAAAACAUUCCAUGUUUUCUCGAGCUGUCACUGAAGCUAACCAAGCAGAGACAGAUGCAGCUUCGAACGCAGCUGCACGCCCUGUGUAUCCUUUUAGUGCCAUCAUUGGGCAGGAAGAGAUGAAGUUUGCCGCCAUAAUGAACAUCAUCGAUCCAAACAUAGGAGGGAUCAUGGUGAUGGGCGAUCGAGGUACUGGGAAGUCGACUACAGUUCGGUCUUUGGUUGACCUACUGCCGCUAAUUGACGUUGUCAAAGAUGACCCUUUCAUGAGCAGCCCAACUGACCCCAACUUGAUGUCUCCAGAUAUACUCAAAUUAUUUCGUGAAGGUUCGCCUCUUGAAACCACGAGAGUUCCCAUAAACAUGGUAGACCUACCGUUGGGCGCGACAGAGGAUAGAGUGUGUGGAACCAUAGACAUCGAAAAAGCUCUGACAGAAGGGACGAAAGCUUUUGAACCUGGACUCCUAGCAAAGGCUAAUCGCGGAAUUCUUUAUGUCGAUGAGGUUAACUUACUAGACGACCAUCUUGUGGACGUUCUCCUUGACUCCGCGGCUUCCGGUUGGAACACCGUCGAACGAGAAGGAAUAAGCAUAUGUCAUCCUGCCCGUUUCAUUCUUAUUGGUUCUGGGAAUCCAGAGGAGGGUGAACUUCGCCCCCAACUUCUUGAUAGGUUUGGUAUGCAUGCACAGAUCAAGACCGUGAAGUUGCCUGAGGAGCGAGUGAGAGUCGUUGAAGAGCGCACUGCUUUUGAUACCUCACCCAAUGAAUUUCGCAAAAAGUACGAAUCGGAACAGAGGGCGAUAAUCAGUAAACUUGACACUGCUCGGGAGUUGCUGCCUUCAGUUCAAGUACCAAUGGAAAUUCGGCUCAAGAUUUCUCAGGUUUGUUCCGAGCUUGAUGUCGACGGGCUCAGGGGAGACCUCGUCACUACCCGUGCUUCCAGAGCUGCUGCUGCAUACAGGGGUGCCAACGAAGUCACCGAUGAAGACGUCUACUCGGUGGUUACACUGUGUCUUCGUCACCGUCUGCGAAAGGAUCCUAUGGCGACUAUUGACGAAGGCACGAAAGUGCUUGAGGUUUUCUCAAGUGUGUUCGGAUAUGAUUCUGAGGAGUGAGCAAGAGUUGUUGAUAAGUCCAUGAAUUUCAUGAUGGAAAUAUCCGCAGCUGAUGUACUUAUAGAGGAACUGCUCUCAACACACUACAGGAAAGGAUGCUAAACAAUUUGAAAAUAACGUCACCACUGACAACAAAAGUGGUAUUGCACAACCUUCAGAACAAACUUUCGAAAGGCAGCUUAAACUGCGUCUUCUGCCAGACCAUCAUGAACAAGAGAGUUUCAUCGAGGAACUCACUGUCCCGGGGAUGGAGAGCUCACAAGCCCUGCAGCAUCAUCCCAUGCAUCUCCUGAAAGAACGCUAUCAAUCGCUCGAGAGUUUUUAUCGACGACUUUAUCCACUAUCCCGUAAGCAAUCGCGUCCUUCGCCGUCAGAUAAAGAGGACGUUGAAUAUCCUGUGUCAUAAAGUUAGUCAGACAGGAUACGAUUCGAGAGACGAUUAAAAAAACUCCACAUUAUCUAUCUUCUCUUUGGAGUGACCAGUUGUCAGACUUAAUAUAUCAACCAUGGCUUUCUUUUGCUCAAGAACUUCUUUCCACUUGAGGUGG